ACUGAUGGAUAUUUAAGUCCAGGGCAGCUGUCGUUCACUACCUUUCUUUGCCAACAGUGUCGUGGCAGCAGGUUUCACCUCCAUAGACAUACGUGUGUUACCGGCGCCAUGCGCUUUACAUUGCUGAUUUUGGCGGUCUUCAUGAUGUGCGGAUGGGGUAACAUCAACGGCCUCAAGAUCCCUUUCGAAGAUUUCAGAGAGCUGUCGCCCUCCGAAACCAACCUCUCGGGUAGCGAAGGAGACUACAUCGAACCAAAGGAAGCAAUCUCGAGCCGAUUCAUAAAGAACGACGAGGGCACUCAGUCGCAGAAGGCCAAUUGUGUGUGUGGCCGGCGCAAUACAGUCACCAGAAUUGUGGGAGGCCAGCAAACUACCGUACACGAGUAUCCUUGGCAGGUUGCACUCGUCUCCAAGUAUUCAAAUAGACCUUUCUGCGGUGGUUCCAUCAUCUCCGAUGUGUGGAUUCUUUCUGCAGGACACUGUGUAAAUAGUAACACUAAGAAAAAUGUCAGAGUCGUUAUUGGGGAACACAAAUGGGACUCAAGUUCUGAAACCUCCAUCACCAGCAGGCGUGCAUUAAGCCAGGUUCUUAGGCAUAAAUAUUACAGUUCCUCCACACUGAACCACGAUAUUAGUUUGCUGCGGCUUGCUGAUCCCAUCGUGUUCCCCAGUAAUAAUAAGAUUGCUCCAGUGUGCAUCCCGUCUGCAGAUAAUCUUUACGAAUCCGUGAAUGCCAUCGUCACCGGCUGGGGAACACUCUAUUCAGGAGGAUAUCAACCCACUACGCUUCAGGAAGUGACUGUACCCACCAUGAGCAACAGCCAGUGCAAAGCAACAUCCUAUUCCAGCAGUAGCAUUACUGAUAACAUGAUCUGCGCUGGUUUAUCACAGGGUGGCAAGGACUCCUGCCAGGGCGAUUCUGGUGGUCCUAUGGUGACUUACAGAAAUGGAGCAUAUGAACAGAUUGGUAUCGUAUCUUGGGGAUAUGGGUGUGCUUCUGCCAAUUACCCAGGAGUUUACACUCGAGUUAGCGUUUACGUCGGAAUUCUUAAACAGUUAAUGACAGGGACCAAUUCCUGCGGCCAAUGAAUGAUCUUCUGUACCUCAGCUUCUGGCGCUGGCUUAUGGCAAGAGUAAUCUACUCAACAAAGAAGUGUAAUACAACAUUAAAUGUAAUAAAAAUGUGUAAU